UGUAUAUUGGUAAAAAAAUAAGGUCACUCAGCGUUAUCAACAACUACAUUUAUCGGAGAAGUUGGACACAGCAGUUUAUUCUUAUGAGUUCCAUUUAUGCUCAGCUUUUGGUAGUCAUCUGUGUGGUGUUUUUCACGUCCGAAAUUGUGACUCCCAGGGUGCCACUUUUUUAUUUUGAGGGUUUUUACGUAUUCCUAUAUUCCGUGAGCCUUUUGUUUUUAUUGUAUGUUUAUACUUAUUUAUUGCGGGAGCCUACUACCAAACCAGCAGGAAAGCUGACCUUCAUCGAAGGGUUGAAGCUGAAAAUUGUUGACAAAGGUACUAAGAAAGAAGUGUGUGAUCCUAACCUCACAGCUCCAGCUGUCAAUCCACAUUUGACAAGAGUUAAAAAGCACCGAAUCUCGGAGAAUGAUCGCAGCCACGGCAGUUUAUUCUUGAGAAUUGGCGCUAUUGCUUUUGGACUUGGCACAAUGGUCUACAAUGGAUUGGAGUUUGGAUCGUUUUUUGAAAUUCCUUCCUCAUCUCCAUGCUAUAGUAUCCUCUUGGGGAUUAAUCCUGUACUUCAAAUGAUGUUCACCUUUGCCCAGAUGUACUUCAUUUUUGCAAAUGCUAGGUUGAAUAUCCACAAGUUCAAAGUUCUCGCACGUUUUGGGCUUAUGCACGUUGUUGCAACUAAUAUAUGCGUUUGGAUUAGGACCGUUGGGAAAGAAACUCUACAAGAAAUUGUGAAACACCAUUUAUCGCAAGAGCGAGGACACCCAAGCAGUUUGGAAGAGCUGAUAUUGCCAUUCAGAGAGAACUACAUCAAAAACAACAGCAAUCCUUGCCAGAAACAAGAUAUCAUGGGGUCCAUCGUGUCAGACUCUUCUCCCUUUCUGUUCCCUUUCAUCGUGGAGUACAGUUUAAUUGGAGCAGCUGUAUUGUAUGUUAUGUGGAAAAACAUUGGAAAAGAUCCAGUAUUUCAUGGCAAUCCAGAAUACGAAGACGGCUUGUCAAGAGCUUCUAGUGUGCAAACUUUGCCAAAGAUGAACUGUGCAGGUUCCAGUAAAGGCUUGUUUUUCGGUCUUCUCAUCUUGGUUAUAGCAACUAUUUGUUUAAUUGUUUUCUUCGUGUUGAUUGAGAAUGAACACUACAGCUUGCUGGCUAUAUUUCUGUCUGAUGUUUCUCACAGUGCAAUCAUGGUGUUAACCAUUUUUACAAUUAUUCUUGGGUUUUUCCGCAUUAAGCAAUUAAAAUUUCAAGCAGACAGAACGGAUCAUUUGCGAGAUAUCUUAUUGACCGUAGCUGCUUACGGCCUGUAUGUGUACGCGAUGUUUGGAAUUAUUGCAGGAACGUUGUCUCCAAAGGACUAUGUUCCCAAUCUAUUGGUGAUGGUUACCAGUUGUCUUACCAUAGUUCAAGUCACACUUCAAUCCUUGUUUGUGGCUGAAAUCACAUGCAGGACGACUUAUCUGCCGGAACACGACCUAACGAAACCUGGCAGACAAGUCGUCGCAUUUUUGAUGAUGGGUAACCUCACACUUUGGAUCAUUUACACUUUUGAAAUGCAGAAGGCCGAAGCAAGCCCCGUUCAACUAGGAUUCUAUGGUUUCAUGGCUUGGACCGUCAUUGUCAGAGCCACUUUGCCCCUCAGUAUUUUUUACCGAUUCCAUUCAUCAAUCACUUUUGCUGAAGUUUGGAAAAAUUCCUACAAAAAUGUGUCAGCUUGA